AUGUGGGGGGAAUGGGGAAAGGGGAAAGUGCGGGAGAAAGGAAAGCGGGGCAAUCGCGGGGAUUCCAAACUCUUUGGCGCUUAUGUAACUUUCUGCCCUAAGGUGCCGCCUUUGAUCGCUAAUGGUUUUGACAUUCACUCUUUCGUAACUGAACACCAUCUAGCCAUUUUCAAUAUGGCAUCCGCAUCAACGGCAUGUAUAUCGUGUCUGCGGAGAGUACGGGCAGCGACAUCAAAGAAUACAUUUCCUUCUCCGCAUCUUCUCCGCAUCCAUCAAUCGCGAGCAUUCCGGAUAUCUACCGCCGCCACACCACACCAACCCCUCUUCCUCGACUUCCUCGCUCCUUCUAUCCUCACGCUUCCCCAGAAGUCAUCUAUGGCAAUUUCAUCGCCGUUGAUAUCAUUUAGACGAACUCAAUUCCCCCGAUUCGUCACCACCGCCGCCCAUUCCACAAAGCCCGCCGCCGAAUCUGCACCCCCGCAGCAAACCACCCCAGCCCGCGCGAUCCAAAACCCUCGGACCUCCGAAAAUGGAACAUCCAUGCUUAUCUCCCUCACGCCGCGUGCCUCCUCCCGCCUUUCAGCCAUCGCUAUGACUGACAACAACCCCAACCUGGCUCUCCGUGUCACCGUCGAAAGUGGCGGAUGUCAUGGAUUUCAAUACCUGAUGUCGUUAGUCGACCUUUCCACCUCUCCGCCAACAGAGGAAGAUACUGUCUUUGAGGGAGACAAGGCGGCGAAAGUUGUGAUUGAUGAACCAAGUCUAGAACUUUUGAAUGGGAGCACGAUUGAUUAUACUAUGGAGUUGAUUGGGAGCCAGUUCAAGGUCACGGGAAUCCCAGGGGCCACGAGUAGUUGUGGGUGUGGGUCAAGUUUUGACAUUAAGAUUUAA